AUGCGUAUUUUACUUGCUGUCUUCACUUUGGCUAUCUCCGUUACUCAGUGUACAAUUAUUACUCAAGUAGAUUCAAAUGGUCAUGGCAUUUUUGUAGUGAAUACUAACACGACUUUUCUGCGUGGCACUAAUUACAUACGUUUAUUGAAUGCUAGUGUACAUGUAACUUUUGAGCCUGAUCUAUACCCCCUUUGGGAUAUAGAAAAUGCUAUCAAACAAAUGCAUAACUACGGUUACAAUUAUAUUCGUGUAUUUCUUGAUUGCCCCACUCUGUACCGUGGAUUUAACCUUUCAUCACCUGGAAUUCCGAUGAGAUAUACGAAAAAUGUCAUUGAUUUUCUUCUUAGAGCAUCAAUUUAUCAUAUAGCUGUAAUGUUGACAGCGAGUUGGAAUCCAGCCAACUAUCAAUCCAUUGUUAAUUCGUAUCCUAUACCUGCAAAUGUAACCGGAAUAAAUAUGAUUAUUUUUCAUGCUGGGCAAGCUGCUGCAAAAGCUCAGUUUUUUCAAGAUCUCUUAGAACAAAUCCAGAAGACUAGCUUGCUAGCGUUCAACACGAUAUUUGCCAUCGAUAUUUUUAAUGAAAUAUCAGUUUCAGUACAACAACAGCCUUUUUCUUUAACAGAUGGAAUAGUAUCAUUUGAUAAUGUCUCAUAUAACAUGGCUACAGGUAAUGAUCGUCAACAACUCGUCGAUGUUGCUGGUAAUAUUUGGCUGAAUACGAUAGUCAGAGCCAUAAAGUCUGUUACUCCGACUAUUAUGGUUACUGCUAGUUUAUUUUCGCCGAAUGCCGUAGGACAUGAUGGCUUUGAUGGUGUGCAAACUCGUCCACCCGGCGCUGAUGAUCGAUAUCCAUUGAGACCAGGCAGUCUUAUAAAUAGUCUCGCUGAUUAUAUUGAUUUACAUGUAUAUUCUAGUGAUCAUACACGGGCGGAAUUUGAUGGGGCUGAACUAACUCAAGUCAAACCAUUAUUACUGGGCGAAACAGGUGCAUUUAAAAACAAUUAUCCCAAUGCAUCUAGUGCUGGCCGAGCUGUACAGAAUGUAAUGAUCGAAAGUGUAAAUUAUGGAUUUACUGGGUGGGGUAUUUGGACAUGGGAUACAAUUGAACAGUUGAGUUUAUGGACAUUAGUAGACAAUAACAACACAAUGAAUAAUAUUUUGGCACCAAGUGUUUGGCCUUUUGUGGGACCUAAUAGAACGUCAACAGUCAUGAGCAAGUAUGGAUCAUAA